GACAAACCGAGAUGAAUCCCAAAACGAAUACGGACUUAUUGCGAGGAAGGAAUCGAGCAUGAGAGAUGACCCAAGAAGAGUCGAAAGAUGAUUAAAUUUUCUGAUAACUUUUUUUUAUGCUUAACCGGAUCUAACAUUUUGUUAAACCAACCUAAACCAUGCUCAAUUCCGAUUCCCUAAUCUGAUAAGCACGAAUCACAUCUGUUCUCUAUUUGCAGAGCUCGAAAUUUAAGAGAGAAAUUGAGAAGCCAAAUCGAGAGAAUGCUUGCAAAAAUAUCAUCUUCAGCGAAGAGAUUUGUUCAUCGGAGUCUUGUGGUGAGAGGUAAUGCUGCAACUUUUCCUCUCUCUUUUUCCUUUUGCCGGAGAAGAGCUUUUUCUGGUAAGACUAGUUAUGAUUACAGAGAGGUACUUAGAACUGGGCUGAGUGAUAUUGAAUUAGAUGAUGCAAUUGGUUUGUUCGGUGUUAUGGCACAGUCUCGUCCUUUCCCUUCGAUUAUUGAGUUCAGUAAACUGUUGAGUGCCAUUGCUAAGAUGAACAAGUUCGAUCUUGUCAUCUCCUUCGGGGAGAAGAUGGAGAUUUUAGGAAUUUCACAUAAUCUCUAUACUUACAAUAUUUUGAUUAACUGUUUCUGUCGAUGUUCUCGACUCUCUCUUGCUUUAGCUCUUCUUGGCAAGAUGAUGAAACUCGGCUAUGAGCCCGAUAUUGUCACGCUUAACUCGCUGCUCAAUGGUUUCUGUCACGGGAAUAGGAUUUCUGAUGCCGUAGCUUUGGUUGAUCAAAUGGUCGAAAUGGGAUAUAAACCCGAUACGGUGACAUUCACAACUCUAAUUCAUGGACUUUUUCUUCACAACAAAGCUUCAGAAGCAGUGGCUUUAAUUGAUCGAAUGGUUCAAAGAGGCUGUCAACCAGAUCUGGUUACUUAUGGUGCGGUAGUUAAUGGAUUAUGUAAGAGAGGUGAUACUGAUUUGGCUUUAAAUCUGCUCAACAAGAUGGAAGCUGCGAAAAUAGAGGCCAAUGUUGUGAUCUACAGCACAGUCAUAGAUAGUCUCUGCAAAUAUAGACAUGAGGAUGAUGCACUCAACUUGUUCACUGAAAUGGAAAACAAAGGAGUUAGACCAAAUGUUAUCACCUACAGCUCCCUCAUAAGUUGCCUUUGUAAUUACGGAAGAUGGAGUGAUGCUUCUCGACUACUCAGUGAUAUGAUUGAGAGGAAAAUCAAUCCAAAUUUAGUCACUUUCAGCGCAUUGAUUGAUGCAUUUGUGAAGAAGGGGAAGCUUGUAAAGGCUGAGAAAUUGUACGAGGAGAUGAUCAAAAGGUCCAUAGAUCCUAAUAUUUUCACUUAUAGUUCACUGAUCAAUGGGUUUUGUAUGCUCGAUCGCCUUGGUGAGGCUAAGCAGAUGCUUGAGUUGAUGAUUAGGAAGGAUUGUCUACCAAACGUAGUCACUUAUAAUACGCUUAUAAAUGGAUUUUGUAAGGCUAAGAGAGUAGACAAAGGUAUGGAACUCUUCCGCGAGAUGUCUCAAAGAGGAUUGGUUGGCAACACAGUCACUUACACCACUCUUAUCCAUGGAUUUUUUCAAGCUAGAGAUUGUGAUAAUGCCCAAAUGGUUUUCAAACAGAUGGUUUCUGUUGGUGUGCAUCCCAAUAUUUUGACAUACAACAUUCUGUUAGAUGGACUUUGUAAAAAUGGGAAGCUAGCGAAAGCAAUGGUUGUAUUCGAGUAUCUGCAAAGGAGUACAAUGGAACCUGAUAUUUACACAUAUAAUAUUAUGAUUGAAGGGAUGUGCAAGGCAGGGAAGUGGAAGAUGGGUGGGAUCUAUUUUGUAGCCUCAGCCUUAAAGGAGUGA